AUGGUGUUCAUAUUAGGCGUCAAUUUCAGCGAGGGCAAGCUCGUCAAGAAAGCCCUCGAAUCCUUCUACGCCCUCGGCCCGACCACCUCGGGGCGCAUCAUGGCCAAGUACUCGAUACACAAGCUCGCCAAGAUUGGCUCAUUGGCCCCGAGAACCGUCACCUCCCUGACGGCCGAGCUGUCCCAAAUGACGAUCGAGACGGACGCGCGGAGACUGGUGCAAGAGAAUAUCCGCAGGCUAAAGGACAUUGGGUCGUAUCGCGGAAGACGGCAUGCCAUGGGCCUGCCGGUGCGCGGACAGCGGACAAGAACGCAGACGGCAACGGCCAAUAAGCUCAACCGCAUCGACCGGCGGAACUAG